AUGGUCGUUCUUGCAGCGUCGAUAUGCACCCGCGGAGGCAAAGCGGUCCUUUCGCGUCAGUUCCGAGAGAUCUCUCGGUCACGAAUUGAAGCCCUACUUGCAUCCUUCCCCAAGCUUGCGGACUCCGGAACCCAGCAUACCACCGUCGAGCAGGACAACGUGCGCUUCGUGUACCAGCCAUUGGACGAGUUGUACAUUGUGCUGAUCACCAACCGUCAAUCGAACAUUCUGCAAGAUAUCGACAGUCUUCAUCUAUUUGCGCAAGUGACCACCAGCAUCUGCAAGAGCCUGGACGAGCGGGAGAUCCUUCGCAAUGCCUUUGAACUCCUGAGUGCAUUUGACGAAUUGGUGACCUUGGGUUAUCGCGAGAACCUUUCUUUAUCCCAGAUCAGGACUUUCCUGGAAAUGGAGAGUCAUGAGGAAAGAAUCCAGGAGAUUAUUGAGCGGAACAAAGAGCUGGAGGCUACCGAGGAGCGCAAGAAGAAGGCGAAGCAGCUGGAAAUGCAGCGCAAAGACGCUGCUCGCUCAGGUCGUUCCGCGGCCCCAAGAACUCCAUCCUACCCUGUCUACACACCUCCUGCGCGCCCCUCCGUGCCCGACACUUACGACUCAUAUGAGGCUGAAAAGAAGAAGUCCUUCGCCAAGCCAAUUGCCAUUCGCGGCAAGGGCAUGCAACUGGGCAAAAAGUCCAAAGCAACUGAUAUCUACGAAAAGGUCCGGGGUGAUAUGGGCCCGGAGAUUGAAGAGGAAAGCCCAUUGGUGGCUUCACAAGUUUUGGCCCCUGUGCAUGAUAUUCCCUCAGCGCGCCAGUCUCUUACUGUAGAUCGGGAACCCAUUCAACUCACAAUUGCCGAGACCAUCUCAGCUACACUUACCCGGGAGGGAGCAUUGAAGUCUUUCGAAGUCAAGGGUGACCUGCAGCUCCGUAUCACUGAUCCGUCAUUCACCAAACUCCGACUUGACUGCCAGACUGUUCCCACACAUGGCGCACAAUUCCACACCCACCCCAACGUUGAUAAAGCCCUCUUCCUCAACUCUUCCGUCAUCCAACUCAAGGACACCACAAAGUCCUUCCCCACCAACAAAUCCGUCGGCGUCCUCCGAUGGCGUGUUGCCAGCUCGGCUGACAAUGCCGACAUCCUUCCUAUCACCUUUACCGUGUGGUUAAACAAGGGCUCUGACUCUACCACCGUGACUCUUGAGUAUGAGCUCACCGGCGAAGACAUUCUCCGCGAUGUGGUUGUCACUAUUCCAUACGGCGCGACAGAACCGGCUGUAUCUAGCUUCGAUGCAGUCUACGAAGUCUCUGGUGACAGUUUGGACUGGAAUCUGGGCGCUGUUGAUGAGACCAAUCCCUCUGGUAGCUUCGAGUUUGAGUCGACGGAUGCUGACGAGAACGAGUUCUUCCCAAUGAGUGUUCGCUUCACGAAGACCAAGCCUUUCGUGGAUAUCGAUGUCAACAAUGUUUCCCUGCUGGAGAUGGAGGAAAGCGUUGCGUACUCAAAGGAUAUCCGAAGUGUUGCGGAGAAGUUCCUAAUCGAGUAA